AUGCGCAGCCAGGAUGGAUUCUCCAACGUCUACUGGAGGAUCUACACCGAGGAUAAUGGCACUAAUCCUCCAGGCGAUGGCCCCAACAAUGGGCAUACUGUUCUAAAACAUAUUAGCCGCCUCAAAGAGCUCGAGCUUCGGUUAAGGUGUCAAGGUAGCUUAGUAUUGAGUUACCCGAGACGCCUUGGUCUUUUGAUAUUUUCCGCCACACCGGACUUUGAUCAUCUCCCGUCGGCGAUUUCGAGUGAAGGCGGGGAUCAAUCAAAUCGCCUUCUUGUUGGUUCCACGGUUCUUAAAGUUUGGACCUCGGGGAGUGUCUCUUGUGCAGAUCUGGCGAAGAGCCACCGGUCAGAUCUCCAAACCACAGGCGCCAAUUCCCCGGCGCCGUCACAACGGCUGCAAAGCGGCUCUGUGCAACCUCGGCGAGUGGACAAUUCGGGCGGUUCAGCGGCAAUCUACGCCUCAUUUAUCUCAGCUGUUACCGCCGCAUUAAGUCUUCAGAUGGUCCGACAGAACAAUGCCAUUCCCCUUGGGCCGCGCACUCUCUUCAACACCGUCGAGAGCUAUCUAGAUGAGGGCCAGGACGCCGCCAACAAUGGCCCCACUUCUGUCUCAGCACUGACCUCCCUCCAAAUCCAACUGACUUCGGUGGGGAAGUUAACUGUCGCCCUACAGACUAUAGCACAGGCUGGUCUAAAACGGCUCAACAAUCCAGGAUCGAACAGUUCUGAGCUUUUACCUGGCAUAGAUCUUUGGCUAGCCCCCACCGGCUCAAUUGCAAGGCUAGUAACUGCUCACCCUGAAAAGAACAACCCUUCGCAUACUCUUUUGGAUUCGAACGACAUCGGACGAUGGAAACUAAACGUUCUGGAAUGGUUGGGCUUCUUUGGACUUUCUGCCGACCCUGUGGCUGAUGAUGGUUGGGUGGAGAUUGAGGUCUGGGAACCAUUCUAUUCUAAACUAUCCGGAGAAGCCGCUCGAAUGAAAGAAGAGAAAUCAUCGCUUCCACUAAAGCGCAUACUUUGGCCUGCGGUCUAUUGCUUCAGGAGGAUGAAGUCUAGUCAGUCCGAAGCCUUCGACAGAACAGAGGAAAGUCUGUAUUCUCUUGGUGACCCCUUGGGUUUCGCGGAGGAAUGGUUUAAUAAGGAAGUACCCAAAGCCGUUGACAACCCCUUGGAGCUUCCUUCGGACAGCCAGGAACAACAAAUCAGCAACCACGCCACGUUAUCGCCCGGGCAUGCUAGUCUCCCAGAAGGGAUCGAAAGUCUAUCCCGAGCCUCUCUUCAUCCUGAAAUGCAGAGCGCCAGCCUUGUGUACCCUACACCGCCUGAUGGGACGACCGGCAUAGGGGUCAACCCUGCAGUGUCGUCAGCUGCAAAAAUUGCCUUAGAUUCGGAUAUGAAUAUGGACUUCGGUCCGUCAGGUGGGCUUGGCGUUGGGUCAGGACUUUAUGACACAAACGAGGAUGAUGACCUUUUUGGAGACAUUAACGAAAGGGACUUUGGUACGAAAGGGAUCACGGAUGCUGAUUUCAGUUUCUUCGAUGAGCAAGACUUUGCUCAAACUGGAAAGGACAUCGAACUUGCACAUAUCCAAGAAAGUCCCGAUUUCGCUGAAUCAAGCAAACCGGAUGCUGUUGCUGGACCCCCUGAACUAAAUGUGCCCGCUCCCAGCGACAUGCCAAUCGAUGCGGACUAUAUGCUCCAAAAAAGCCCAGAGCAUAUCAACCCUGAUUCUGCUGUUAAUCAGCCGGCUCUCUUGGAUAACGCAGUCGUAUUAUCACCUGGUCCUGACCAAGUUCAGACAGUCAGUCCUCCCCUCAGCCCUGUUGAGGUCAAGAAGAUCCUGUUUCCAGAAUCCGCUGUGACCACCAACUCCGUUGCCAAAAUUACCCACACUCCGAGCCACUACAACCCGGUUGCUUUCAGAAACAACAUGUCUUUGUGGGAUAAGAAGUAUGGCGCGGAAGGCAAGUUUUCGUUCAUGGGAGCAAACACCGCGUUUGCCCAGGAUCCUUACCAUUCUUCGGAUGGAAUUCCAACUAUUGGCCUGCCACGUCGGAAAAGCAAUAUGAAGACGUUUGCCUACCCCAACGCCGCUGAUGGCCAUGGGAGCCCUCCAAUCGAUAUGGAUUCAUCUUCAAGCACCGAUUCCAGUAGCGAAACGGACGACGAGAGUGACAAUAAUGACUUGGAGGACAAUACGCCAUCCACAACUUUGGCAACGUUGAAACGGAAGCGGGCUCGCUCCAGUCCCAUGGAAUCUCCCAAGCCGUCUUCAGAGAUGGACUCAAAGGGCGUUGAGCCGGAGAUAAAUACUUCCAGGUCUGAGGAUUCAGUCUUUUUAGGGAACUUUCUCUCUACCUUCUCCGAUUGGUCAAUCGCCGGGUUCUUUACAUUGACUGAGAACCAGGUCUUCCCGUCACUCGCAGCACGGGAUAUCCAGGUCCAAGUUGCCCAGCUUUUAGUUGAUCAAGUCACGCAAUCAUCCUUGGACCACAAACUUGACGGGAAGCUCGGUGUCACCUGUCUUGAUAACCAGCCGUUUGGAUUUCGGGAAACGCUUGAGAAUUCCGAGUAUCUUGGCGGUUUUGAGAAGCUUGAUUUGAGUAGCUUUGUGUCUUUACAAGAGCAAAGUUCGCAGAGUUUCCUUUCGCCUGAUGCCGGUCUUACACCUCGGCAAAACGUUCAGCGCAAAGAUACCGGUAAAGGGUUGAUCACGAGAUUGUCACCUCCUCAUGUACGGGUUCGGCGCGGUAAAGACUUUCUGGAGUUACUGCCUACCGCUAUAUCGUUCUGGGAGACGUUUGGCUUGGAGCCUGCUCAUGGGCCUAAGGAUGUCACUGCCUAUUGCAUACACCCUCAGUCUACGACUAGAGCAGCCGAUACAUUUAUCGACAGACUGAGUCUUCUCUACUCCAGCUGCAACCUUGGUAGCCAUUCUAGGGGAGAGGUUUCCGACGCCUUCACGAAUGGCCUAGGCGAAUGGGAUGUCACUUCAGAAAGAAAGCCGAACUAUCAGAUCGCCAUGCAGCAGCUGAAACUAGUCUGUGAAGAGCUUGGAGCCGCUCUUCUAGAUGGUAAACCAUCGAAGGAUAAUAUCGUUGUCUAUAUAAUAAACCCGUUCUCGCAUGCUGCUUCGCUGGUCGACAUUUGCGCUGCAUUCUGGUGUUUACUGCAGAACUACUUCGCCAGCGCGGACAAGCAACCUAGGCAACUAGAUGAAGUCCUACUGCAGAUUAUUCCCUUGAAUACUGUUUCAUCAGCAGACUCGUUGAUUGUUCCUCCUCAGCCGGAUUAUCUAAAUCUGGUUUUAGAAGUCUACAGCCGGUGCUCUACAAGACAAACGCAGCCGAACCUUAUCAACUGUGCGCCGCCUGUGAUGCUAGCUGAGACUGUUCCUCCAGCGAUUGGGUUCAGGCUUGCCUCUGAGCGUUCAUCUCCCCUGCAAGAAGGGAAGUGCCUUCAUGUCGCCUGCUCGAGAAGUCAAGAUCAGCGAUGGAUGACUGUGGCCUGGUCGGACAAUUCGGGUGUUCUUCAACGGACAAUGUCUUACUGUCUUCGUUUCCGGAACACUACGGCUUCCCGAACAAUUUCUGCUGUGCGCCAUGAGAUUUGGGCUGCAACAAAGGACAUUAUGGACAAGACCCAAGGCAGGUGGAGAGUCAUCAUCGUCAGUACUGACAACGUUGACCAGGAAGAAUAUGACACGUGGCUGAACCUUGCGGACCAAUACAACAAAUUACGAGCCGUGCCUGUAGAACUGGCGAUAUUGAGUGUCAAUACAGCCUCCGAUCUCUCUCUAAGUCUUCCAUCCUCGGCAUUACCAAUGAGCCUCCUCAAUUCCCAGGCUUCUUCGACUCCUAUCGCCACACCACUCCCUAGCAACUCGAUACUUUCACCGGAUGGGCUAGGCAACGCCCCAACUCCGCCCGGUGGCGCAUUGGCGCCAGCGAAUGCUUCCACUCCAACGGAUCCAUCAUUGGAAUCAGAAUCCGAGUCUGUACUCAUAGACAUUUGCGACGAAUCCUGGAGUGUUCUCUUAUCACAUCGCCUCAACGGCACUCUCCAUCUCACAGAGUACCGCCCUGCAUUAGCUAGUGGUUACCUCCUUCGCCGGCGAGGUACCGCAGAAGCUGAUGGCGUAUUCACCGUGAACGUCAACCUUAUAUUUACACAACGACCUUCAACUUCUUAUGAAUCCCUUCUUCGCGAAAUCAUAGGGAUGUAUCGGGACCUGGGCACUCUUGCGCGAGUGCGAGGCACGUGGAUUGUUCAAUCCAACACCCUUCCUUGGCAUAUUGCCACAGCAGUACGAUCUCAAGAAAUCUUGAGCUAUGUUCUGUGA